CUCUGAUUAAUGAUAAGAAACUGCGUCACUUCACUUUGUCAUUGGAAGUUGAAGUUGAAGCUCCUUUUCUACACAGACCUGCUGAGAACAGAAGAGAGCUGAACACUGAUGAAGUUCAUGGCUGAAAGUUCAGUUGUUCUGUGUUAAAGAGGAGCUGAGCAGGAGAGACGACAUUUUAAAACAUGUUUCCUCGUUUGCUUUGAGUCUUUGCUGGAAAAACAACUCAAGUCCAAAUUAAAGUCUAAAGUGUUUCUUCUCCAGAUAAAGGUGUGGACUCUGCUAUGAGUCAGUGUGAGGACAGAGAGGAGGGAGUCCCCCCCUCUAAAACCACUCUGUGUGGGGAACAUGACAUCCAGACCAAAGCUCAGAGUCCAGAGAAGCAGCACAGACCUGGACCCGGACCUGGACCUAGACCUGAACUAGAACCCAGCUGUGUGUCCAUGAAGAGUGACAGGUCUCAUUUUGGGCAUAUAAAUUUCAAAGAUGGACGCCACUCUGUAGAUCAAAGGAGGAAUCUGGAAGAACCUGAACCGAGCUGUGAGUCCAUGAAGAGUGAGCGGUCUGUGAGACGAUCUCUAAACCUCAAAGAUGGAUGCCACUCUGUUGAUCAAGGAGUGGACCAGGAGAGCUCAGAGGUUCCCAGUGGUCAGUCUGCCCAGCAGCAUCAAACACAACUGGACUCCAUAUUUAUGCUGCUGGAGGAUGACAUCAGCACUUUUGUGAAGAACGAGCUGAAGAAGAUCCAGAAGCUUCUGAGUCCAGAUUAUCCAGAAUGCUCAGAGAGUCAGAGGGAGGAUGAGGAGGUGUUGGACGGUGAGGAUGAAGAGCACAGGAAGAGCAGCAUAGAGGCAUUUCUGAAGAUCACACUGCACUUCCUGAGGAGAAUGAAGCAAGAGGAGCUGGCUGACAGUCUGCAGAGCAGAAGUUAUCAUGGACUUUGUAAGCGUAAACUCAAAACUAACCUGCAGAAGAAGUUCCAGAGUGUGUGUGAGGGGAUUGCUAAAGCAGGAAACCCAACCCUUCUGAAUCAGAUGUUCACAGAGAUCUACAUCAUAGAGGGAGGGACUGCAGAGGUCAAUGCUGAACAUGAGGUCAGACAGGUUGAAACAGCAUCCAGGAAACCAGACAGACCAGAAACAACAAUCAGACAAGAAGACAUCUUUAAAGCCUCACCUGGAAGAGAAGAACCAAUCAGAACAGUGAUGACAAAGGGAGUGGCUGGCAUCGGGAAAACAGUCUUAACACAGAAGUUCACUCUGGACUGGGCUGAAGACAAAGCUAACCAGGACAUCCAGUUCACAUUUCCAUUCACUUUCAGAGAGCUGAAUGUGCUGAAAGCCGAAAAGUACAGCUUGGUGGAACUUGUUGAUCGCUUCUUUAGUGAAACCAAAGAAGCAGGAAUCUGCAGGUUUGAAGAGGUCGUGUUCAUCUUUGACGGUCUGGAUGAGUGUCGACUUCCUCUGGACUUCCAUAACACUGAGAUCCUGACUGAUGUUACAGAGUCCACCUCAGUGGAUGUGCUGCUGACAAACCUCAUCAGGGGGAAACUGCUUCCCUCUGCUCGCCUCUGGAUAACCACACGACCUGCAGCAGCCAAUCAGAUCCCUCCUGAGUGUGUUGACAUGGUGACAGAGGUCAGAGGGUUCACUGACCCACAGAAGGAGGAGUACUUCAGAAAGAGAUUCAGCGACAAGAAGCAGGCAAGCAGAAUCAUCUCCCACAUCAAGACAUCACAAAGCCUCCACAUCAUGUGCCACAUCCCAGUCUUCUGCUGGAUCACUGCUACAGUUCUGGAGGACGUGUUGAAGACCAGAGAGGGAGGAGAGCUGCCCAAGACCCUGACUGAGAUGUACAUCCACUUCCUGGUGGUUCAGUCCAAACUGAAGAACAUCAAGUAUGAUGGAGGAGCUGAGACAGAUCCACACUGGAGUCCAGAGAGCAGGAAGAUGAUCAAGUCUCUGGGAAAAUUGGCUUUUGAGCAGCUGCAGAAAGGCAACCUGAUCUUCUAUGAAUCAGACCUGACAGAGUGUGGCAUCGAUAUCAGAGCAGCUUCAGUGUACUCAGGAGUGUUCACACAGAUCUUUAAAGAGGAGAGAGGACUGUACCAGGACAAGGUGUUCAGCUUCAUCCAUCUGAGUGUUCAGGAGUUUCUGGCUGCUCUUCAUGUCCAUCUGACAUUCAUCAACUCUGGAGUCAACCUGCUGGCAGAAGAACAAACAACUAUCCAGUGGUCUAAAGUGUUCAGAGACAAAUCAACACGUUUCUACAAGGGUGCUGUGGACAAGGCCUUACAGAGUCCAAAUGGACACCUGGACUUGUUCCUCCGCUUCCUCCUGGGUCUUUCACUGCAGACCAAUCAGGCUCUCCUACGAGGUCUGCUGACACAGACAGAAAGUAGCUCACAGAACAAUCAGAAAACAGUCGAGUACAUCAAGAAAAACAUCAGUGAGAAUCUUUCUGCAGAGAGAAGCAUCAAUCUGUUCCACUGUCUGAAUGAACUGAAUGAUCAUUCUCUAGUGGAGCAGAUCCAACAGUCCCUGAGUUCAGGAAGUCUCUCCAUAGAUAAACUGUCUCCUGCUCAGUGGUCAGCUCUGGUCUUCAUCUUACUGUCAUCAGAAAAAGAUCUGGACGUGUUUGACCUGAAGAAAUACUCUGCUUCAGAGGAGGCUCUUCUGAGGCUUCUGCCAGUGGUCAAAGCCUCCAAAAAAGCUAUGCUGAGUGGCUGUACACUGUCAGAGAGAAGCUGUGAAGCUCUUUCCUUGGUUCUCAGUUCCCAGUCCUCUAGUCUGAGAGAGCUGGACCUGAGUAACAACGAGCUUCAGGAUUCAGGAGUGAAGCAGCUGUCGGCUGGACUGAAGAGUCCAAACUGCAGACUGGAAACUCUCAGGUUAGUUGUCUGUAACCUGUCGGAGAGAAGCUGUGAAGCUCUGUCCUCAGUUCUCAGCUCCCAGUCCUCUAGUCUUAGAGAGCUGGACCUGAGUAACAACAAGCUUCAGGAUUCAGGAGUGAAGCAGCUGUCGGCUGGACUGAAGAGUCCACACUGCAGACUGGAAACUCUCAGGCUGAAUGGCUGUAACCUGUCAAAGAGAAGCUGUGAAGCUCUGUCCUCAGUUCUCAGCUCCCAGACCUCUAGUCUGAGAGAGCUGGACCUGAGUAACAGCCAACUGCAGGAUUCAGGAGUGAAUCUGGUGUCGGCUGGACUUAAGAGUCCACACUGCAGACUGGAAAUUCUCAGACUGAGUGGCUUUAAUCUGUCAGAGAGAAGCUGUGAAGCUCUGUCCUCAGUUCUCAGCUCACAGUCCUCUAGUCUGAGAGAGCUGGACCUGAGUAACAACAAGCUGCAGGAUUCAGGAGUGAAGCAGCUGUCGGCUGGACUGAAGAGUCCACACUGCAGACUGGAAUCUCUCAGGCUGAGUGGCUGUAACCUGUCAGAGAGAAGCUGUGAAGCUCUGUCCUCAGUUCUCAGCUCCCAGUCCUCUAGUCUUAGAGAGCUGGACCUGAGUAACAACAGCCUGCAGGAUUUAGGAGUGAAGCAGCUGUCGGCUGGACUGAAGAGUCCACACUGCAGACUGAAAACUCUCAGUCUGUCAGGCUGUCUGGUCUCAGAGGAAGGCUGUACUUCUCUGGCCUCAGCUCUGAGCUUCAACCCAUCCCACCUGAGAGUGCUGGACCUGAGCUACAAUCAUCCAGGAGACUCAGGAGUGAAUCUGCUGUCAGCUGGACUUAAGGAUCCAAAUUGGAGACUGGACACUCUCAGGAUAGACCAUGCUGGACUGCCGAGACUGAGACCUGGUCUGAGGAAGUAUGUCUGUGAACUGGAAGUGGACACAAACACAGUACACAGAAAACUCAAACUGUCUGACAACAACAGGAAGGUGACACGUGUGGGAGAGGAUCAGUCAUAUCCUCGUCAUCCUGACAGAUUUGACUACUGGUCUCAGCUGCUGUGUAGAGAUGGUCUGACUGGUCGCUGUUACUGGGAGGUUGAGAGGAGAGGAGGGGUUUAUAUAUCAGUGAGUUACAGAGGAAUCAGAAGGAGAGGAGACAGUUAUGACUGUGUGUUUGGAGGGAAUGAUCAGUCCUGGAGUCUGAGGUGCUCUGAUGAUGGUUACUCUGUCAGGCACAAUAACAGAAGAACAGUCCUCACUUCCUCCUCUGUCUCUAACAGAGUAGCAGUGUAUGUGGACUGUCCUGCUGGCACUCUGUCCUUCUACACAGUCUCCUCUGACUCACUGACCCACCUCUACACCUUCAACACCACAUUCACUCAACCUCUUUAUCCUGGGUUUUGGGUCACCUCUGGUUCCUCAGUGUCUCUGUGUCCUCUGCAGGUCUGAGAGUCUCUCAUGUUGACAGAAACACUGACUGAAGUUAAGCUGCUGAAAUCAAAAUUCAGUCUGUUCACCAUCGCACAUACUCUGCACUGUGAAGCAGAUCUGUCUCAUACUCAAACACUAAACAUUUAUUUGUCUGAUUUCAUCUCUUUGAUUAUCAACAUUUAAACUGUUGAACUAGAAACACUUCAUGAUUCCUGCCAUCAGCUAACUCUCUUUACCUGAGGAUACACUGUAUAAAGCUGAGUGAAUGUAAUAUUACUUUAAGUUUUUGGUAAAUCUCUGUCCAUGGAUAUGAGCUGUACCAAGAGCUUCUCUGAUAUCAGGUUUGUGUUGUAAUAAACUUUUAUAUUCAAGUAAGAACAACUGAGUCUCUGAGACUAAAAUAUUAAACUUCAAGUCUGAAACUGAGCUUUGUUGUCUUGAAACGUUUGUUGCUCAAAGAAACUCCUCCGAAUGUCAAACAAGUCUUUCAGGAUCAAAUUCAGCAUCUGUGAAAAAAUAAGUACAGGUUGUAAACAGUUGGUUUGAUUUGAUCUGUAUACAAAAUAAAUAUUUUGUUUUCUAGUCAACUGUUUUUUUUAUUCUUUUAGUUAAACUGUCUGUUUGCUCUUUAUGAAUGACUUUUUACUUUACUUACUUUACUUCACUUUGUUUUGUGCUACUUAGUUUUUAAUAUGUAUUAUCUUGUAUGUUUUUAUGUGAAGCACAUUAUGAUUAUCUGUUAAAAGUAUUUUGUUGUAAUUCACCCAUCCUCUUUAUACGUUUCUAAAAACACUGAAGUAUAUGUUGCCAUGUUUUGCUGGCUGUUCUCUGCAUUUUGCUUGAUUGAAGAUGGGGGCCUAAGUGCUGCAUUUUGUACCAUGUGUUGUGUAUUGGGUUUGUGGUGUUAUGCCCCUGGAGGCCAGGGUGAGCAUAUCAUGCUCUCACCUAUACACACCUGCAAGCUAUAAUCACUCUGAUGUUCCCUUUGUGUCACUACUCCCUGAGGAAGGCUCAAGCCAACACGCGUUAUUGUGUUUUUUAGGGCAUUUUCACACCGACAGCUUUAGUUCGGUUGAAUCGAACUAGAGUUUGUUUGCCCCGCUGGUGCAGUUUGUUUGGGCAGGUGAGAACGCGGCAAUCAAACUCUGGUGUGCACCAAAAGCGGACCAAACAAGCGCACCGAGACCUGCUUGAAGAGGUGGUCUCGGUGCGCUUUCAAUCGAACUCUGGAGCGGUUCGUUUGAGGUGAAAACCCGAUCCAUACUCGAACCGCACCAACUAAUAUGUACUCCUCCAGUCUGAGCUAAUGUCUCCUGUAGUCAGGUGUGUUUAGCAGCCUGCAAUGUGGCAGAGCAGCAAACUAGCAGCUUGCAGUGUUUCUAUCACAGAAAUAGACUGCAGUCAAGCUCGCCAUCCAUCACUCAUAUCUCUGUGGUCAAACCAGCUGCCGCCAAAGUUGGAGACAGACGCCGGCAGAGCAGAGCGAAGUCUCGGUGACCAGAGCAGACGUAGUAACGUCUCUUGCGAAACAAUGUCUGAUAAUUUUAAUGAAAUGAGCUGGUUUGACCACUAGACCAGAACACAGGACCAUACUGUAUUUACUUUCUUGCUCCCACCCCCAGACAUAUCCAACCAAGAAGAGGGCUGUACGUUCUUGCCUGAUUUGUAAUGACGCAGUUUGGUACACAUGGAUGUUUCCACGUGUGAAACCAAACCAAACCGACCGAGUGCAAACUGCUCCAAGUUUACAAACCCACCAACUGAUUUGGACCAAAGCAAACAAACUACAGGUGUGAAAAUGCCCUUAGACUGUCUGCACUUUAUGAAUUAUCUUCUUGCUUGUACUUCACUUUGUUUUGUGUUACUUAGUUUUUUAAUUACUUUUUUACUUGUACUUCACUUUGUUUUGUGUUACUUCGUUUUUUAUAUGUAUUAUCUUGUAUGUUUUCAUGUAAAGCACAUCAUGAUACUAUCUGUGAAAAGUGCUCUUAUAUAUAAAGCUCUGCUGAAUUAAUCAGAAAGCAGCAACGAUUCAUAAGAAAAACUUAAAUUCAUGUUUAAAAUUUUUCUUGUAAUUCAUCCAUCGUCUUUAUAUGUUUCUAAAAACACUGAAGUAUAUGUUGCCAUGUUUUGCUGGCUGUACUCUGCAUUUUGCUUGAUUGAAGAUGGGGGCUGCAUUUUGUACCAUGUGUUGUGUAUUGGGUUUGUGGUGUUAUGCCCCUGGAUGCCAGGGUGAGCAUAUCACUUUCUGUAACCAACCUUAAGUGCCUUAACAUUUUUCUAUGACUUCCUUGGUCAUAAUUCUUCUUCCUUUGUCAUGUUUAACAAUGUUUACACAUGCCUGUAUAUCCAGCAACAUUAUACGGUUAGAUUUAUAAUGGAGUUUGGUGGGGGGGAUGGAACUAAACAGACAUGUUUCACUGUUUAUCUUGCAUCAUUCAGGACCGUAAUGGGAGAAGAAGAUAUUCAUCUUGACCGGACAAGUGGUCGAUACAUCCCGGCUGCUGCCCGGUGUCCUGUUCUGGAAAUGUCUCUGGAGAAAAAG